UGCCAGUCUGCCCCGAAAAGGGACCAAAACAAUACGCAUCACAAAGACUACAGCAAUUUUAGUGAACGGUACAGUGCGGGAAGACGGCCGCAGCUCAGUGUCGCAAUCUCCAGUUGCUUUGCGAAUAUAUACUACAGUGAUCGAUUGAGAGAUGGUUUCGCCAGUGACAGUGGUGAAGAGCGAAGGCCCUAAACUGGUGCCCUUCUUCAAGUCUACCUGUGUUUACUUCGUCCUGUGGCUACCAACCUCAAGCCCUUCUUGGUUCAGCGCCCUCAUCAAGUGUCUACCCAUCUUCUGUCUGUGGCUCUUCAUGCUGGCCCACGGCUUCAGCUUCUUAGGUGCCCACUCCAGUGCUCGCAAGAUCCUGGCUGGUCUCAUCUUCUCUAGCCUUGGAGAUGCCUUUCUCAUCUGGCAGGAGGAUGGCUACUUUAGCCACGGUUUGCUGAUGUUUGCCAUCUCCCACAUCCUCUACUCCUCGGCCUUCGGUAUGAAGCCCCUGAACCCGCUUGCCGGCCUGGUGAUCGGCGCCAUUUCGGCCGUGAGCUACGCCCUGCUCUACCCCUACCUCUCAGGCCCCUUCACCUACCUGGUGGGGGUCUAUAUCGCCCUGAUCGGCUUCAUGGGCUGGCGGGCCGUGGCCGGCCUCCAGUUGGCCAAUGACCUGUGGACCUGGACCAAGAUGUCGGCAUGUCUGGGCGCUGUACUCUUCAUGGUCUCCGACCUCACUAUUGCCGUUAACAAGUUCUGCUUCCCUGUGCCGCACUCACGCGCCGUUAUCAUGGCCACCUACUACGCCGCGCAGAUGCUGAUCGCGCUCUCCGCCGUCGAGUGCCAGGAUGUGGAGACGGCAAGGAAGAUGGCAUGAAGAGGAGAGAGCGAGGUCGCGUCACGUGAUCAAGAAGAUGUGAUAGGGGCAGCCAAUCCCCCUUGUUUUUGUCAUGGACAUAUUCCAGAGACAGUUACCCCCAAACCCCCUACUUUGGUUGUAGCGUGGCAUUCGCACACCCUUGUUACCAUGGAAACUAGUGUACUACCACCAGCCUGCCCCAUGGCUAGUGGGACAGUCAAAGACCCUAGUUACCAUGGAGACAAGUGCACUACUUUUAACCCUCAACUACUGCCCUACAGUUCUCGUAGAUACGUCUUAGUUACUAGAGAGUAGUGCACGACAACUCCCCCACCUCACUGCCUAGGAUGUUGGUACAGAUGACCAUACAGAUCACCAUGUCAAGGUUUGUGUGUGUGGGUGUGGGUGCGUGUGCGUGCGUAUUAGGUUAGAGGAUUCAUACUAUAUAACCUACAGAUGAGUGUGAAUUCUCAUGGCCUGCUACAAUAAUAGCACAUCUUCCUUCUGCCCCCCAGUCAUUGGCUGCCCUCUCCACCCCAUUUACAGUAUAAUGUGGUCCAAUAUUGCAAAUUCAAAUGGAUGUGUUUCCUGUGGUAUAUUGUCUUUGCAACUAUUUUAUCACCAUUAUUUAAUUUAUCUCUGAAAAGGGAGUUGUUAUAGUGAAUAAGUUUGCACAUCUCGACUUGUUAUGGGGGAGGUUGUGUCCCAUAACUGCUGUCUGUUCUCAUGUAUUUAGGUGCUGUUCUCAAAGUCUGGAGCACAUCCACCCUCCUUUUUUACUGAUUUUAGUCUCUUCACUUUCACUUAAGACAAACUGCCUUUUGUACUUCUGCUCGCCACACUCCUAUUAGAAUACAUCCUCUCUCCUGUGUCUAUGAGGCUAUGAAAAUGGCUGUGAAUGUCCACGCACACACACAGAGAGAGAGAGAAUUCGUGGACUUUUACCUAGCUAGCUGUUGCUAAAUCAUUUGUCCUGGGAUAUGAACAUUGGGUUGCUAUUGUAACUGAAAUCCAUAUGGUCCUUCUAUCUGCUGGAUCUUUGUAGAAUUUUGUACCCAUUUUGAGUCCCACAAAAUCGUGUGUUCUCUACUCCGACAAUGAAUCGAAAGGUAAAAGGGAAAACCUAGUAUGUUUUCUUUGAUUCAUCUCUCCUCAUUCAUUCCUCUUUGGAUUUUAUAUGACUGUUGGCAACUGGCAUUAAGGCUCAUGACCUCCAUCAACUAGGCUGGAGUGUGGACCUGCUUCAUCUUUCAAUCACUCACGUGGGUUUGUAUGAUCCUAAAAACCAAGGCGGAGAUGGGAGAGGCAUGACUUGCCGCGCCAAAUAAAACCAAGUUCUAUUUUAGUGCCUGGCUAUGCAGAUGACGUGCGUGAGCAGUUUCGAUUACAUUAUUGAAGAACAUGUAUGUCUACAUGUAUUUUAUUCAACACUCGCGCACGCAACGUGGCCGGUUUGAUCAGCAUGUGAGAGAGAUCAUUUGAGAGCGCCUGCUCUAGUAUUUUACCACAGUCAUACUGAUCACUCAAAAGGCUGGUCCCUAAGGGGAACAUUUUUCUUAGAUCUGUGUGUGUGUGUGUGUGCGUGUGUGUGUGUGUGUAUGUGUGUACCCUCUGUACCUGAGGCAUCUCACAGUGUUCCUCCUUUACUGUUUAUGUUACCCUGAACACGCACAAACACACACCACAUAUACACGCUUCCUUCAGGUCACACUUCAUACCCCCAGCUCCUGCUGGUUUGAUUAUUAGAAGAAGGCUGGUGGUGCCCUUAUUGCUGGAACAUUUUCAGCUACCAACUGUGUGCCUAUGGCCAUAUAAAGUGUUAUGAAAAGGGCAUGUUGGCUGAAGCCAGUCCUUGUUUUGUCUGCAGUGCUUGGGCCUUCAGAGAAGAACACAGCCCUAGGACACCCUGGUCCCUUAGGGUCCAAACACAGCCAAAAAAGAGAGAGAAGACUGGCCAAUGGUUUCAUUAGCACAAGGGAACAAUUAUACCACUCAAUCCCGAUUGUUUAUAUCCCCCUAGAUAGAUAUGCAGCUAUGACACUUAUCUAUCAUAGUAUUUUUCUCUGUUGCACCAGCUAUAGGGCCAUCUUUGCUGAGUUAUUGUGCUGUCUGUUUGAAGCAUAUUGACUGAAAAAAUGUCUGUGUGUAUUUAAGAAAUUUUAGAAAACAGAUGCAUUGUUAUACUUGUUGCAUGUUCUUUUAGUGUGUGUGUGUGUACUGUAUGUGUGUGUGUAGGUGUGUGUCGAGCUCCCUUUAGGGCCGUGGCAGAAUUGCUGUGAACUAUCAUUUUGCUUGAACAUUGGCUAAAUGUACAUCAUACCGGUGUAUUCCUAUUUUGUGAUAUUUUCUCAAAAUCCUUUGGCAUUUUCUCUUCAGUCCCCCAUCUUCCUAUUAAUGGAUAUUGUCUAUAGUAUUUUCACCUGCUAUUACCUUUCCCCUUGCUGUCUCUUUCCUUUCUAUGACCCCAUAAUCAGGGAUGACUGAUUAAUGCCAGGCCAUUUUUAUGUAACGUUUUCUAGCACAUAAUGUUCUGAGAACCAUAUGUUUCUUAGAGCUUGGUGAGAGAGUGAUUGUCCUAUGUUUAUUUUGCAUACAACUUUUCCACAACUUUUUGGGAAUGGUGCAGGAUAGUUUGGAACAUUCUCAGCACCUUUAAGGAACUUGACAAGAAAGUUAUAUUUUCUUGGUACUUCAUUACUUUAACAGAAUGUUUCCUAAAAGUUCAAACAUGGUUACAUUUCAUUUCAAUUUUGGCCAUGUUCUAGGAAUGUUCUCCAACUGGUUUGACAUUGGGAAUGUUCAAAAUGGUUCAACUUCGUUAAGAAACAACGUUCUUCGUUGGGAAUUUCAGUACUUCAGGCAUAACAUUUUACUACAGGUUUCCUCCUGGUUCCAUUUAAAGUCAUGUUCUCAAAUUUGUUCCGAGAACAUUAAAAAAACUUUUCAUAGAAACCACAAAACUUUUGUAAUGUUCAGAGAACGUUCUAGGAAUGUUAUUUAAUAACAUACAUUCCAUUCUCAGCAGCACCAAAAUUAUCUCAAUCUUGUUAAGUGUGUUCAGGUGCGUUGCCUGCGCCCACUAAUUGGCCACACCUGGUCUUAAUGAGCGUUCGUUUCAAUUGAAAUGGGGUCUGUUUGAAUAAACUAAAAUGAACAGAUUUGUAAGCGUAAAAAAUAUGGCAUGCUAGCUCCAUCCUGGUGGUGUGGUGGACUAAUUCCAUGGAUAGAUUAUAGGUUCGAAUCUCACUGAUGCCGUGUAACAAUGAAAAAGAAAUGUGUUUGCAUGGUUAAUGCAUAAGGAAAUGUAUUUCCAUGUGUCCUAUCUGUGCAAGUAACCCACUUGUCAACUAUCGCAAAAUCAACAAAACAAUUCACAAUGUCAUUGGAUUUAGGUUAAAAGUUUGGUGGGGAAAAAAAUGAAAUUCCCUUCUGUUGACUUUUUGAAAAUCCAAUUGGUUUCCACUAGGCCACUAGGCUACACUAACCACUAGGCUACACUGCCAGAGGAACUACUUAAAGAUGCAUACAAACAGUAUAUUGUAACAUAUAUUUAUUUGACCUUUAAUAGUUUUAAAUAUUGUGUAUAGGGAGUAUUUGAAUACUUGUGGAUACACAGAGUAUCCAAAUAUAUCGUACUGUUCUGUCCCACUGGGCACCAACUGGUUGAAUCAACGUUGUUUCUACAACAUUUCCACAAAGAAAUGCAAUGUUUUUUCUUUUGAUGAUGUUGAAUCAAUGUAGAAGAUUAAUUGGAUUUGCAAAAACUCAUCAACGUACAGGAAUUUUUUAUUUUUUUGUCAACCAACUUUUAACCUAAAUAAAAUGACAGUCUAAGCUGCAGAAGGGAUUACUAGAGAUCAAGAUUCGAAAUGAGGGGAAGCAUGAGCUCCCCUUAAUGCAACAAAAGUCAAACUUUAAUUAAACCAUUCUCCUAUUUGUUUAAAAUGCAAUUUUGUACUGUUACAGUUGUACAUUUUUAAAUAAAAGCUUAAACGAAC